AUGUCGUUUAUGGGGAUGAUGAAGAAGAAGAAGGAGAGCAGUCCAGUUUCGCCAUUGAAGAAGCGACGAGCGAGCUGGUCUCAACUUUGGGUCAACAACCAUCACCAGCUAUUGUCUUCUCCGCCGCUCAAUUUGGCUUCCAAGUUCCAGUCUCCGACUCCUCCAAUCGCCAAAUCCAAAACCCUACUCACCGAUCCCACCCUCCUCUUAUCAGACCUCACUCUCCUCUCGAUCAUCGACAAGGUCCCCGAAUCGCACCGGAAGAGUCUCUCUUUGGUUUGCAAGAGAUGGCUGAGACUCCACGGCCGACUUGUGCGGUCGAUUAGGGUAUCGGAUUGGGGAUUUCUCUCGUCCGGUCGACUGAUUUCGAGGUUCCCGAAUCUGGAUACGGUUGAUUUGGUCAGUGGGUGUUUGAUUUCGCCGCCAAAUUCAGGUAUUUUAGUUAACCACAGGAUAGUUUCGUUUACUGUUGGCUUAGGGACUUACCAGAGUUGGAGCUUCUUUGAGGAGAAUCUGUUGCCUGUUGAAAUGGUUGAUAGAGGGCUAAGAACACUUGCAGAUGGCUGCUGCUCCAAUCUCCAGAAGCUAGUAGUGACCAAUACUAGUGAAUUAGGGUUGUUGAAUGUAGCUGAGGAGUGUUCGAGGCUGCAAGAACUCGAAUUGCACAAGUGCUCUGACAGUGUUUUGCUUGGGAUUGGUGCGUUUGAGAAUCUCCAGAUAUUGAGAUUGUUAGGGAAUGUUGAUGGUUUGUAUAGCUCCUCGGUUACGGAUAUAGGUCUGAUGAUAUUGGCUCAAGGGUGCAAGAGACUUGUGAAGCUUGAGCUCGUUGGAUGCGAGGGAGGGUUCGACGGGGUUAAAGAGAUUGGCGAGUGUUGUCAGAUGCUUGAGGAGCUCACUGUUUGUGAUCAUAAGAUGGAGUCAGGUUGGCUUGGAGGUCUUCGUUAUUGUGAGAAUCUCAAGACUCUGAAGCUCGUGUCUUGUAGAAAGAUCGAUCUUGAUCCUGGUCUAGGUGAGUGCUUGAGUUGUUCUUGUCCUGCACUCGAGCGGUUGCAACUGGAGAGGUGUCAAUUGAGAGAUAAGAAUACAGUGAAGGCUUUGUUUAAGAUGUGUGAAGCCGCGAGAGAGAUUGUUUUCCAAGAUUGUUGGGGAUUGGAUAAUGAUAUAUUCAUCUUGGCAACAGCUUUCGGGAGAGUGAAGCUUCUGUAUCUAGAAGGAUGCUCAUUGCUAACGACGUCGGGAUUAGAAUCUGUGGUUUUGCAUUGGCAAGAGCUCGAGCAUCUGAAAGUGGUUUCGUGCAAGAGCAUAAAAGAUUCAGAGAUCUCUCCGUUGCUUUCAGCUUUGUUCUCAGCAUUGGUAGACUUGCAGUGGAGACCGGACACCAGAUCUCAUCUCUCCUCGAGCCUUAUAGGGACUGGAAUUGGGGAAAAGGGGGGAAAGUUUUUCAAGAAAACAUAG